AUGACAUCCAUGCUUUUUAAGAACGCACUCCAGUCGAGUCUACGCACGCGAUUAGCUGCCUCAAGCGUGCGUGGUCUUUCGCUGGCAUCCGGUCAAUGGCCCUCUGCCGUGCCUGUUAGUGCACUGCCGCAGUUGUCCAUCUUGUCAACGAUCAGCCACGAACACAGUUACAUGCUGCUGAACCCACUACAGCACGAGAUAAGCAAAAACGGUGUCCUGAUUGACAACAUCCUGCCGCCACUCAACCAGCUCGAGUGCCCCAGUGAGAGCCAAGACGAGCCACUGGAAGCGAUCAAGCGGACGUAUCAGCCGAGUGUGCUGCGUCGCAAGCGCAAACACGGCUUUCGUACGCGUCGGGUGUCGAUUUCGGGCCGGAAGGUGCUCAACCGUCGCUUCAACAAGGGCCGGUGGCGCAUGUCGCUGUAA